GAGGCGCGCCGGGGCGGCUGGAGCUGUUCCCUCUCAGGCGGCGCCAUUUUGUGCUAGGAGCUUAGAUAAAACCGGCUCGGGUCUGUGUGGAGUGAGCGGCCGAGCCAGGGUCCCUGGAAUGGCGGAGAUUCUGUCAGGGCUAGGAGAUUCGGGUGCAGGGGGCGCAGCGGCUCUGAGCUCCGCCUCGUCGGAGACCGGGACGCGGCGCCUCAGCGACCUGCGGGUGAUCGAUCUGCGGGCGGAGUUGAGAAAACGGAAUCUGGACUCGAGCGGCAACAAGAGCGUUCUGAUGGAGCGGCUGAAAAAGGCAAUUGAAGAUGAAGGUGGUAAUCCUGAUGAAAUUGAAAUUACCUCUGAAGGAAAUAAGAAAACAUCAAAGAGAUCCAGCAAAGGGCGUAAACCAGAGGAAGAGGGUAUAGAAGAUAACGGUCUGGAGGAAAAUUCUGGGGAUGGACAGGAGGAUGUUGAAACCAGUUUGGAGAACUUGCAGGACAUUGACAUGAUGGAUAUCAGUGUGUUGGAUGAAGCAGAAAUUGAUAAUGGAAGCGUUGCAGAUUGUGUAGAAGAUGAUGAUGCUGAUAAUCUCCCAGAGUCACUGUCUGACAGUAGAGAGCUAGUCGAGGGAGAAAUGAAAGAGCUUCCGGAGCAGCUUCAAGAACAUGCUAUGGAGGACAAAGAAUCUAUAAACAAUUUAGAUACUUCAUCAUCUGACUUCACUAUAUUACAGGAAAUUGAAGAGCCAUCUUUGGAGCCAGGUUUACCAUCCCGAACAUACCAGGAUCAUAGAGAUUGGAAACCCAGCCGUAUCACCAGAUCUGUGAAAGUGGCUAAGUUCUCAUGUGACAAAAUGUAUCGUUCUGUCGAAGAUGACUCGGAUACAAAAAGGCUUUCCAAAGAGGAAAAGGGUCGUAGCAGUUGUGGUAGAAAUUUCUGGGUUAGUGGACUUUCUUCUACAACCAGAGCUACAGAUUUGAAGAAUCUUUUCAGCAGAUAUGGGAAGGUGGUGGGCGCCAAGGUUGUGACAAAUGCCCGGAGUCCUGGAGCUCGCUGUUAUGGCUUUGUGACAAUGUCCACAGCAGAAGAGGCAACAAAAUGCAUUAACCACCUACACAAAACAGAGCUCCAUGGGAAGAUGAUCUCAGUGGAAAAAGCAAAAAAUGAACCUGCUGGGAAGAAAACCUCUGACAAAAGAGAUGGUGAGGGGAGGAAGGAGAAGUCGAGCAACAGCGACAGAUCUGCAAACUUUAAGAGGGACGAUAAAGCCGACAGAAAAGAUGAUGCUAAAAAGGCUGAAGAUGGAAGUGGAGAAAAGAGUAAAGACCAAGAUGAUCAGAAACCUGGCCCCUCUGAGCGAUCUCGAGCUACAAAAUCAGGAAGUCGAGGAACUGAGCGGACUGUAGUAAUGGACAAGUCGAAAGGGGUGCCUGUUAUUAGUGUGAAAACAUCUGGAUCCAAAGAGAGAGCUUCCAAAAGCCAGGAUCGCAAAUCGGCCAGCAGAGAGAAGCGGUCUGUUGUGUCCUUUGAUAAGGUCAAAGAGCCUCGGAAGUCAAGAGACUCAGAGUCCCGUAGGGUGCGCGAGCGCAGCGAGUGGGAGCAGCGCAUGCAGGCGCAGUGGGAGCGCGAGGAGCGGGAGCGGCUUGAGAUCGCCCGCGAGAGGCUGGCCUUCCAGCGGCAGCGGCUGGAGCGGGAGCGCAUGGAGCGGGAGCGGCUGGAGCGGGAGCGCAUGCACGUGGAGCACGAGCGCCGGCGUGAGCAGGAGCGCAUCCACCGUGAGCGGGAGGAGCUGCGGCGUCAGCAGGAGCUGCGCUACGAGCAGGAGCGGCGGCCCGUGGCGCGGCGGCCCUAUGACGUGGAUGGCCGGCGAGACGAUGCCUAUUGGCCAGAAGCCAAGCGGGCUGCACUGGAUGAGCGCUACCACUCUGACUUUACCCGCCAGGAUCGCUUCCAUGACUUUGACCAUAGGGACCGAGGCCGCUACCCAGACAGGAGAGAAGGUUCAAGGUCAAUGAUGGGAGAAAGAGAAGGACAGCAUUACCCUGAACGCCACGGAGGACCAGAGCGUCAUGGCCGAGACUCCCGUGAUGGAUGGGGCAGCUACGGAUCCGACAAGAGGAUGAGCGAAGGCCGGGGGCUGCCUCCUCCUCCCAGACGUGAGUGGGGGGACCACAGCCGAAGAAUAGAGGAUGACCGGACAUGGCAGGGCGCUGCUGAUGGGGGCAUGAUGGACAGGGAUCACAAGAGGUGGCAAGGUGGUGAAAGAAGCAUGUCUGGUCACUCUGGGCCAGGCCACAUGAUGAACCGGGGAGGGAUGUCAGGGCGUGGCAGCUUUACCCCAGGUGGGGCGUCCCGGGGCCACGUGAUCCCUCGUGGUGGAAUGCAAGGCGGGUUUGGAGGACAGAGCCGGGGGAGCAGACCCAGUGAUGCCCGUUUCACUCGUCGCUACUAAGUACUCUGAAUCCUGUGUUCCCGUCAUGUGGCAACAAGAAUAUGUUCUGUUAGGAGUUCUCUUAAACUGUGUAAAAAUAAUUUUUUUUAUCUGCUGCCAUAUUGUAGCUCAAUACAAUGUGAAUUUGGUUUUUGUUU